GAGCUAGCGCGUCAGUAUACAUUCAGAUCCUCUGUAGGACUGAACUUUGGGCUACUUUGGAUUUAUCAAGAACUGAAUGAUUCCAGAUUUGUCGAUUUCAGAAGAGCUGUUGCUGAAGUAGUUGAAGUAAGUUAUUUAAAGCAUAUUUGAAGUUAAAGCCAUGGCAACAGAUUAUCCAGAGUCUUAAAUAGGCUGAAAGGGGUGAGAAAGAACUUCAAUUUUCCUACCAAAUUUAGGGAAAGGAGGCGGGUGGUCAAAGAAAAGACGGUGGGAGGAGGGUUGAUUCUGGCCUCUGUCCCCCUUUUUCUCUCACUUGGGCUGUCUCCUUGGUCACACACAUGCACAAACACUGACAAGGGCUAAGUCCUGCUGUGACUGCCACCAACAUCAUGGAGAAAAGCUCCCCUGUUUCUUUGGACAUCACAGGGCCUCAGCAGCCCAAACUGGAAACUAGCUUAGAACUGGACUCAACUAGUGAGACUGACCCCAGAGAGCAAAAGGACGAUGAGGAAGAGGAGAAAGAAGUACAAAGCUUCACUGGAGAGGAUGCAAAAAGGCAAAGCUUGGAUCCAGAGUGGGUGGAGGAGAGGUUCAGGAUUGACAGGAAGAAGCUGGAAACCAUGCUGUAUGCUCCGGAACAAGGGGGAGAGACAGGAGAAAAGUUUUUCGAGCGAGUAAUGAGAGAAACUAGCACUCAGGUGAAAUGGCCAUCCAAACUAAAGAUUGGAGCCAAGUCAAAGAAAGACCCCCACGUGAAGGUGGAAGGGAAGAGAACCGACGUUACGGAAGCCAAGAAGAAGAUACUGGAAGUGCUGGAAACCAAGGUGAACAAGGUGACUCUGAAGAUGGACGUGGCUUUCACAGAGCAUUCCCAUGUCAUUGGGAAAGGAGGUGGGAACAUAAAGAGGGUGAUGGAAGUCACAUGCUGUCACAUCCACUUCCCCGACUCCAAUCGUCACAACGCUGCAGGAGAGAAGAGCAAUCAGGUUUCUAUCGCUGGCCCCAUAGAAGGGGUAGAGGCAGCCAGGAGGAGGAUAAGAGACCUUCAGCCUCUCUCUCUGACCUUUGACCUGCCAGUCAGCCUGGUACCCCAGGCUCUGCCAGAUGCAGGCUCCCCACUCAUCCAACAGGUGGCGCAGACUUUGGGGGUCAGUGUGGGUUUCAGGGCUGUGCUGCCACUGCCUCAAGCCCAGACAGCCUUUUACGGAAGCUCCUGCACGGUUUGGGGACUGCAAGGCAACGCAGCUGCUGUCAAGAAGGCGACGUGCAUCCUGAUGGAGCUCCUGCUUGGGUCAGAGGCCUCAGGGGGGAUCGUGAGCAGCCAGCUGGAUGUCACUGCUCAGCAGCAUCUCUUCCUGCUGGGACAAAAUGGUGCAAACUUUCUAAGUGUUAUGCACAAGACCCAGACCCAGAUCAUCCUACCAGACCUUAGUGCCCCUCAGAGUCCCCCCUCAUUGCUCAUUCAGGGCAGCCCUGACGGAGUGUGUCUCGCUCGGCAACAGCUCAUGGAUUGCCUGCCAGUGUGUUUGAUGUUUGACAUUCGGGAAGAUGGGGAGGGAGGCCCUUCCAAAGUGGCUCAGAUGAUCCAAAACCUCGGAGUCUUCAUUAGCGUCAAGCCCAAAGCGAAACAGACAGGCAAGUCGGUGGUGGUGAAGGGUCUGGAAAGGAACAUCUCCUGCAUUUAUGAAGCCCGCCGUCUGCUCCUAGGACUCGAUUCCUCUGAGACUGCGAAGAUAACUACAGUGAACCCUGACCUCAUGUCACCUGGUGGCAGACUGGCAAACUACUGGCUCGACAUGUUGCUGCAGCAGCUUGCUCUCUCUGAACAGGGCUCUGCACCUGUUCAAACCACAGAGGUGCUGACUGGAACGAAAUCCCACCUGUCAGCACCACCAGGCCUCACUUCUCCAACAGACGAGGGCAAGACAGGGCCGAAGGGAACAGAGAGUCGGCAACUGGAAAAGAUCCUUGAAAGUGAGAAUCAGUCUGACCAAUCCGAGGAGGAGAGCAUUGAGGUUGUGAGGAUGUCACCAUCUGAGGUGCGCAAAGCAGGAAACAACAACAACAUCAGCAGGGUGGGUGUGAAUGGUAGGAGGGGGAGUCUCCAAGGUCCAGAAAUCAGCAAAACACACAGCCAGGGCAGACGGCACUCCACAGGGCAGGCGCUGACAUACAGGUUGGUGAACGCAGAGACAGAGCGAGGGUGGAGUGAGCGAAGGAACAGCCUGAGGAGAGAUGCUCCUCGGGCUCCAAAUGUUCACGCUGACUCAUCUAAGGCUGGGGAUUAUGACUAUGAGAAGAAGAAACUGAUGGCAACAAGAGCCAUGCAGAGGAAACCUGUGGUCACGGAGGUUCGGACACCCACAGACACCUGGAGUGGGCUCGGAUUUUCCAAGUCUAUGCCAGCUGAAGCUAUCAAGGACCUCCGUAGCAUCAGCCGACGCAGCUACAAAUCUUACCUGAGUCCUAACACCAAUCAGCAGCAGUCUUGGGCUACCGAGAAGGGGAAAAUGUGCCUUGGUAGCGACUCUGAGAACUGGAGGGACAGACGCGGAUCCGCGUCCCAGAUCGUCUCCUCGUCUUCCCCCUCUUCCUCGUCUCCAUCCUCCCCCUCCACGCCUCCACCUGGCUUCCCUUCCUUUUCUGUGUUUUCAUCCUCACUCAACAGAUGCAGAAGUGACAAGUCAUGCGAAAACUCUGCUGGCGGAUGUUUCUUCGAAGGCGCAUACUCUGCGAGGAGGGAGUCAACCUGCAGUCAGCGAAGCCCCUCCCCCCUCGUGACGGAUGACUUACCUGAGCUGCUCAGCGAACUUGGGCUAAUCAAAUACAUCGACCUGUUUGAACAACAGGAGAUUGACUACCAGACAUUUCUCACGCUGUCUGAUGAGGACCUGAAAGAAAUAGGGAUCUCCACUUUUGGAGCCAGACGUAAGAUGAUGUUAGCUAUCUCAGAUCUGAACAAGAGCAAAACGAGUCUGUCGGACGCACAACCAGUGAAGCCCGGCUACCUGGAAGGCGGCGCGAGUGGUAGACUUCCACGCAUCUUGGAUCUGGAUGUUGCAGUUCACAGUAACCGCUGGUUUUGGGAUUGUGUGGAGGAUCCACCCAGCAUGUGGUGCCAUUUGUGGACAAUAACGAAGGAGCUAAUAGAGAAAUGAAACAGAGCAACGAAGCACCCUGAGGAUGAAACAAAACCACAUAUUCCCCUCACUGUGAUGAAGAUGGAACUCACUCCAGGAAAGUGAGGAGAGCAGGAAGAGAAAAUAGAAACUGUAAUAAGAGCGUGAGAAUGAAUGUGUGUGUCAGAGUAUGUGUGAGAACAACAGGAGGAAUAUGAACACUGCGACAGAUGUGUUGCCGAAACAAAUUAGAUACCAAAUAAUCAAAAAAAGGUGAUUGUAGGAGUGUAGAAUAUGUGAAUGUCAUCAAAUUACUUCUUGCUGUAACAAUUUUUUACUGAAACCAAUGACUUCAGGAUGUAGAUUCUAGCAGCUACAGGGUUUUUAAUUAAAAUGAAAUUUUAUGUUACAAAUGUAUGGACAGAAAUCUACUUUUAAAUGAAAGAAGAAUAAAAUGCUCGUCUAAAGCAAUGUCCUGAAGUAGUGACUUGAGGACAUUGCAACUUAAGUUAACAAUAAAUUUACACAAACAGAAACAAAGAUUGCUGCUUUUUGUCAUAAUUUGAGAAACUAACAAAAAUGUAGCUGCAGCACUGGAAAAUAUGAAUACAGCUCGAGAUAGUAAUCUUUAUUUCUGUUCUUGUAAUUGUUCACCAUCUGUUUAUCGAUUUUGGACAUGAUGCAACCAUUUAUGAAAGUAAAUAGUACAGUGACUGUGUUUAGUAGUUUUCAAUAUGGAUAAGUUGUUAAUGAUGUUAACUAGCUGAAGACCUAUUGAUUUAAUAGAAUAAACCUUUAUGCAGCCAGGUGGAUAUUUAAGACCAAGGAUUUCCCGACUCAAUCAAAUUCUAAACCCAAAGUUUUAGCUUUGGGUCCCCAACAAGGUUUUAGGAAAUUGUCCCAAACUAAACUCAAUCAGUGAUACUACUGUUGUUAGACUAUUGUCUUUGAUAACUUUUGUGACACUCCUUGCAGGACCUAUGUGCAUGGCUUGCAAAAAAAAAAAAAAAAAAAGUUCUAUGAAAAGUCUAAGUGUUGGUGAAAAAACAAAUAAAUUGGCACAUUAUCAAUAUAAAAAUGUCAAGUGUCUAAAGAAAAUUUUAGUGAGUUUUGUAUGUAAUCAGUUAAAAGCUAUAAGGUCUGAAUUUGUCUGCAGCCUCAGCAGCAAAAGUAUUAAUAUUUGGGGAAAAAAGCCUGACUUUAAAUCUGGAUCUAUUUGUGUGGACUCUGAGAUUUCCCAGUGGCUUCACAGCGUUUUCUCCGCUUCCUCCCAGAAUCUCAAAAAUUUUAUAUUUUUACUUUUUCCAUCACAUGGUUAGUUUCACUUUUUCCUUCAAGUAUAUAAGGAGAUCAAACCAAACAGCUGACGAGAAUCUUAAUUGGAAAGUUCUACUAAGUUGAUAAACAAACAGCUAUAUAUUCACGAAGUCUGGAGUCACAAGCGGAAUAGGUAAGGUCACUGAGUUGAUGCACCCUUUGUGCAUCGACUAUGUGAAGCAAAUUACUAAUUCAGUCUGGCAGUGUCUGCCGAGGACUGCUGACUCAGCCUUUCCGUGCCAAAAGAUUCAGUUGUCCUUUUAGCCUCCGAUUGUUGGUAUGAUGUUUUCUUCAAAGUGCUGAGCAUGGCGUUUUCGGUGCAGCGAGGUCAGCUGUCCCAUUAGCCAAUGACAUUACAAAAACACUCAUUAAGCCUCCAUGUUCUUUUUGGUCGCUGCCGACUUUGUCAUUCUCCUCUGUCAAAGAGGCGCGUGAUAAGAGUGUUUUAUUUCGCUACCAUUUAUCUCUGGCUCUAAAAGGGGGAUGCUGCUUUCUCAAGGCUAGAAAAGGUCAGAGCUGAUAGAGGGCUUUGAUUGUUCGACUGCAGAGAAAUCCAGGCAUUAGAAAAAGGAAAAGGGACAAGAAAGGGGGAAUUUGUGUGAAUGUUUUUGUGGUUUUAAAGUGAGCCGGGGGACGUGUUUUUAAUUCGUGAUUUUCUCAUGACUUUGGACAUAGCAUACGAGCCAAGAUGUUGAAAAGAAGAGACAUGUGGACAUUGACACGUUAGGUUCAAAAGACACUCAAGGUGUCACUUUACUUAAAUUUUAAAAUAAAUAAAAAUUUACGCAGUUGAUUUCAAUUCACUGAACAUAUCCAAUGUUGGGAGGCAGAGCGGACUCUUGUCUCCGCUGGAUGUCAUAUGUCCUCCCAGCUCAGGAGCAGCUACCUCAUCCAGUGUCCAUGCACAGUCAAAAGGCCUCAGCAGACCUACGGACCACUUAGCAAAAUACGGGCCGGCCGAGGCAUGCAGAUUUGCACUCCUCGCCCGCUAUCUCUCUGCAAUACAAUUUUCUACCUCCUGAGAUUGGGAGAAGAACUGAAAGGACACUAGACAGCAUCAACAUAGCAACAGCAACAUAUUGUAGCAGCCAAAAUAGGCAUCACUUUCAGUUUGAGAUGCAUAGAGCUGGACCUGGCCAGGUAAAUCUCUCUUUUACAGGUACAAGAUGAGAAACAUGCAACAACAACAACAAUACAUCAUUAAUCUCAUUGUUUCCUGGGCUCUCCGAACACAAAAAAAAAAAAAAAAAAAAAUUACAAUCCUCCAAAAAAUUAACAGAGGAGUGGAGCGGGUUGGUACCGGUGGGGCAUCUUGGAGCUUUAAACUGUGGCAGCAAUUUGCAGAAAACACCGGAGGGAGCCCAGCGGUGGAACACAGAACACAAAAAUGAGUUGAGAACAAACAACAGG